CCGCCCGGGCUGCGUCCCGCGGACCCGAGUCGCCCCCGCCGCUCGCGGCCGCGCGCCCCGGGGCGGUCCCGGUCCCCGCCGGCCGAGAGGGCUGCGAGCGCGGGCCGCGGUCCCGGGCGCGAUGGUGGCGGCGCGGGCCCGGGCGCGCGGCCGCGGGGGCUGGCUGGUCCUCGGCCUGUGGCUGCUGGCGCUGAGCGGCCCCGGCGGGCUCCUGCACGCCCAGGAGCAGCCCUCGUGCCGCCGAGCCUUCGACCUGUACUUCGUCCUGGACAAAUCUGGGAGUGUGGCACACAAUUGGAUUGAAAUUUUCAAUUUUGUCCAGCAACUUACAGAGAGAUUUGUGAGCCCUGAAAUGAGAUUAUCUUUCAUUGUGUUUUCUUCUCAAGCAUCCAUUAUUUUGCCAUUAACUGGAGACAGAGGCAAAAUCCAAAAAGGGUUAGAAGAUUUAAAACGUGUCAGUCCAGUAGGAGAGACAUAUAUCCACGAAGGACUAAAGCUUGCGAAUGAACAAAUUCAGAAAGCAGGAGGCUCAAAAACCUCCAGUAUCAUAAUUGCUCUGACAGAUGGUAAGCUGGACGGUCUGGUGCCAUCAUAUGCGGAGAAAGAGGCAAAGUUAUCCAGGUCACUUGGGGCUAAUGUUUACUGUGUGGGUGUCCUUGAUUUUGAACAAGCUCAGCUUGAAAGAAUUGCUGAUUCCAAGGAGCAAGUUUUUCCUGUGAAGGGUGGUUUUCAGGCUCUUAGAGGAAUAAUCAAUUCUAUACUAGAUCAAUCGUGCACUGAAAUCCUGGAAUUGAGGCCUUCAAGUGUCUGUGUGGGGGAGGAAUUUCAAGUUGUUCUGAGUGGAAGAGGAUUCAUGUUGGGCAGUCGGAAUGGCACUGCACUCUGUACAUUCACUGUGAACGAAACGUACACAAAGAGUGUAAGACCAGUAAGUGUACAGCUGAAUUCAAUGCUUUGUCCUGCACCCAUCUUGAAUAAAGCUGGAGAAACUCUUGAUGUUUCUGUGAGUUUUAAUGGAGGAAAAUCGGCCAUAUCAAGCUCAUUAAUAAUUACAGCCACAGAAUGUUCCAAUGGGAUUGCAGCCCUCAUCGCUAUUUUGGUCUUACUGCUACUUGUGGGCAUCGGUUUGAUGUGGUGGUUUUGGCCUCUUUGCUGCAAAGUGGUUAUCAAAGAUCCUCCACCACCUCCUCCUCCUGCACCUGAAGAGAAAGAAGAAGACCCUCUACCCACCAAGAAAUGGCCAACUGUGGAUGCUUCCUAUUAUGGUGGCCGAGGGGUUGGAGGAAUUAAAAGAAUGGAGGUUCGCUGGGGUGACAAAGGAUCUACUGAGGAAGGUGCAAGGCUAGAGAAAGCCAAAAAUGCUGUGGUGACGCUUCCUGAAGAAGAAGAGGAACCCAUUAGGCCGAGACCACCUCGAGCCCCCCCAACACACCAGCCCCCCCAGACCAAGUGGUACACACCAAUCAAGGGUCGUCUUGACGCACUCUGGGCUUUGUUGCGGCGACAAUAUGAUCGGGUUUCCUUGAUGCGACCUCAGGAAGGAGAUGAGGGUCGGUGUAUAAACUUCUCCCGAGUUCCUUCUCAGUAAGAAGAAAGCAACAGGACCAAGAUUAUGGUAUGAAAGUGCCACAGUUUCACACUGCUGAUCUCCAAGCAAGUGAAAAAAGUCAAGCGCAUUUCAAAAGCUCUUGAAAGUGCAGUUUCAAUCCUCUCCAUCAGGAACUGUUUUCUUUGCUUUCUGCUUUACUUGCACCAUUUUCAAACACUUGUUCUGCCAUCUACAAAGGAAGUGAUGAAACUCAGUGGUAACUGAUGAUUCAUGACAUUGAAAAUAAAGAGAAAUGUUAAUCUGCAUGCUGACUUACACAAGCAAGUUUGUUUGAAUGUCUAGAAAAAGAAAAGACGAUGACACCAACAUUAUAAAGAUGAUAUCAAGACAGAGACAACAAAACAAAUGUUGGGUCAUGGAUGGAGAUGAGAGUUUUUAAUACAGAGAUGUGGCAAUUGUGUUUCUGUGUGGCGAGAUCUUUAGCCAUCGGCAGAGUAUGAAAAUUCCCACCAGGCUAAGAAAAUAAUGGAGUCUAUUGCCUUAUAGCUAUGUCAGAUCACAAAUUCCUUCCAAGUCCCUGAUCAUAGUGUGCCUUACGGGAAGUUGCUGACUAGAAAAUCUUGUCAUUCUAACACUGAGAAGCGCACACGCAUGACAAAAUGUAGACAGGAUGCCCCAAGGUAUUGGUAGCGAGAAAGAUUUUGCCCUUUAGUUUUUGAAGACACCUUUCUUUCAUUAUGCACUUGGGACAAGAAAAUUAAUAGAGCAUUAUUCCACAGGAAGACAGCCUCUAACCAAAGAUCUGGAGUGGAGUUUAAGGGACUCAUGAUUUGAGACCUUGCCCGUGAGUCUGAUAGGUUUCCUCUCUUCACCUGUGUUCAGGAUGUGGUAGUGCGUAAAGCAUUAGUAUCUGUAAACACACCGAGGAGUUUGUUUUGCUUUUAAUUUAAAGGAAGCAGUAACCACAAAGCUUCCGCUCAGGGUUUUUUUCUUCCUUCGAAUCUCCAAGGGCUCUUCAGCGUCACAAGCCAGCAACUCUCUUUGCAUGAAAAUUUCAAAGUUUAAUUAAUAUAAUUAAAGGCAACAGCAAGCAGCAGCCUGUGAAGAUUUUGCUCAUCUUUUUUAUGCCUUUUGACAUUGAAUGACCUAUUACUGUAUGCGCAUUACUUGGAUUUUGAAGACUCUACCUUGGGUCUGAUUCAAUACAGCAAAAAGGACUCUUUUCUUCAGUUUAUAAAUUAAAUUUCCAGGAGGGUCACCAUCAAAAACCAUUGACAAUGUAUAUAUUAUAAUUUUUUAGAAAAACCACCAUCGUGUCACGUCGACGAUGCCAAAUUAUGUUAGCAUGAGCUGAAGCACUGUAGGGGAGGAAGAAGGCAGCAGCUGAAGAAAACAGCUCAAAUGAUCUAGUCACUUUCGAUACUGUACUUCAGAUGCGAAAUGGAUAUUCGACUCGAAACCUGACAAAGCAUGCCUGCUUUGAUGGGAACUGGUAUAGACAAUGACCAGUGGCUGGGUCAGUGGGAUGUCUCUCUGCGAGCACAAAGGCUUAUCAAAUGACACUAAAAAUAAGUUCAACAACCAUCACAAUGGGAGGAAAAAGAUGAACAUUUCAUGUUUGGUGAGCAUGUGAGUGCACAAGAUGGAAAGAACGAUUUGGAUCAUCCUGGUAUAAUUACACUCAUUGUGUGCUCCUAAUGGAAAUUUCAAAGGACGGGAGUGAUUCUCUUGGUUGGUGUCCAGGUUUCUGACUCUGCUCCAAGAAGCCUUAUGCAUACACACACACACACACACACACACACACACACACACACACGUAUAUUCUCUAGCUUGAAUCUUUGCUCAAGUUUAUUUAUGUCACUGGCUGGCUGGAUCCAACGUGAUGUGUCCACAUAUCCAUAAAUAAAAUUUUUACCUGA